UUGGACAGUCAAGCAACACAGUACUGUUCCCCCACAUACACACAAAAAACAAACGGUUUGGAAUUGGAGAUUUGAAAAGAAAAGAGACUUUUGGGUGAAAGGCUUUGUAGCUCAAAUCUUCAAAAAAAGGUUUCAUCUUUCUUUUCUUUGUUUUUGGAAGAGAGAGAGAUACCCAUCACAUUCACAACUCACAAGACCGCUCGCUCAACACAUUUUGCCCAGCCAAAAGCUUAGUUCAGAGUGCUAUACUACUGUUGGUGCAACACUUUCAAGUUCAACUAAUAUGACUUAUCAAAACCGAAGAUGCCAUGCUGAUGCCCCAUGUGAUCGUACGGAAGGGACACAUUUUUUCCAGAUUAUUCUCCACAAAAAUCUUCGCAAUGGCAGGCUUACCAUUCCAAAAAAAUUUACAAGUAAAUAUGGAGAAAAAUUAUCCAGCUUGGCAAUCCUUACGCUUCCAAAUGGUGAAAAAUGGGAGGUAGGGCUGACCAAACACGAAGGUGAGGUUUGGUUACAAAAGGGCUGGCGAGAAUUUGCCGAGUAUUACUCUCUGAAGCUGGGUUACUUAGUAGUUUUCAGAUAUGAGGAAAAUUCACAUUUUCACGUGCUCAUAUUUGAUCCGAGUGCAACAGAAGUAGACUAUCCUUCCAAAAGCUCCAAUGGUCAUGAGGAGGGUCAGUGUGACGAAGAAGAUACCGAUGAGAGUGAUACUUCUAUUCAAAUCUUACCCAACUCAUGUCCUCUACGCCCAAAGCGAAGGGAUACAUCACUCUUACCACGUCGGAAGAAAAUGAAAACUACUUCUACAAGUGGCAGAAUUAGGAGCCGAAAAUCCGAGCUUCAUGCAAGGAGCGGACAGUUGACUAAGAUAGAAAAAGCUAAAGCUCUUAAGAAAGCUAGUGGCUUCAAAUCGAAAAAUCCUCAUUUCAUGGUUGUCAUGCAACAAUCUUUUGUGACUGCAUGGUACUUGAGUAUACCAGUUCGCUUUACCCAGGAAAAGUAUAUUCAAAGUGGACACUAUGUCACGCUUAAAGUUGGGGAUAAAUCAUGGGAGGUGUUGUUUUCGAUUGCUGUAGGGAAACGAUCAGGUUCAUUUUCUUCUGGAUGGUCUACAUUUGCAGAGGCAAAUAGGCUGCAAUUAGAAGAUGUUUGUGUGUUUGAGCUGAUUAAGAGGAAUAAUGGUGUUGUGCUGGAAGUUUCAAUUUUUAGAGAUGGACCAAGUUAAUUAAUUAAGCAGUUGCUAUUGUAGUGAAUUAUGUUGAGACUAUUUACUUCACUUGUUUGAGCUGAUCUGAAUUAUCAAUAUUAUUUUUUAUACUUAACAGUAUAUUUGGUUGAACUA